AUGAGGGACCAGGAGCAAUCACCAAACGCUGCGGCGGCGGCGGCGGCGCGAUGUCAUAUCCAGGCCCACGAUGCCGAAAUUGCCGGUCGAAAUAUCGUUACUAGAUCGUCAGAAUCACCCACAGUCACAUAUCCGUCUGGCCCCGUUGGGGACUACUUCAAGUUACGGCAAAAUCUGGUGGCCCGCGAGAAAGCUUUGGACUUUGAUAAUGAUUGUCGCGUGCGCAGCACCCCUCAGGAAAGGCGAGCAGAUGCUAUCAUUCAAAAAAUGAGACGCAACGAUGAAGAGACUGUAUAUGCCCAAGCUGCACCGAGGACAGGCUACGGUGGGCAGCAACAUCCUCGGUUUCCAGGAGACCACUUUCUCUCCAACAAAGACCUUAUUGACCAGACGAGUCUAUUUAAAGUGGCACAACGCAUGCCCAAGGGCGCACACUUGCAUAUCCAUUUCAAUGCAUGCCUUGCUCCUCAAGUUCUGCUCAAUCUCGCCAAAGAGAUGGAUCGCAUGUUCAUCACGAGCGAUGUGCCCCUGGUUUCGGACAACAACCAUAUCAAUUUUGACAGAUGCGAGAUCCAGUUCUCUCUGUUGAGCCCCGAGAAAGAAUCGCCUGGUGACUUGUUCUCUCAAGCAUAUCAGCCCCGGCAGACGAUGCGAUUCAAAGACUUUCUCAACAAAUUUCCAGGAUACUACACCAAAGACUCUACAAGCGUUGAUAAGUGGCUGUUUGAAAAGCUAAUGUUCGAUGAGGAGGAGACUCAUAAUCAUUUACAGACGGCGUCGGGAGCAUGGGAGAAGUUCAACGGACGCACACGUAUGAUGAAGGGUCUCUUUAACUAUGCUACUGCAUAUCAAAGAUACACUCGUUUGUGCUUGGAGGACUUUAUGAAAGAUAACAUCAGCUAUGCUGAAAUUCGACCCAAUUUCAUGACCAGCAAUCAGCUUUGGACUGACGAUGGCAAACAGCUCAUCGACAACAAGGGUAUCAUGAAGUUGAUCAUUGGGGAGGUCCAGAAUUUCCAAACCGACAUGAAGAAGCAAGGAAGAUAUUUCGGAGGUCUCAAGGUGAUCUACUGCACGCCUCGGUCAUUUGCGCCUGAACAGAUCGAGGGUGCUCUUACAGAGUGUCUAGCCUUCAAGAAGUUGUGGCCGGAAUGGAUUGCUGGUUUCGACCUUGUUGGUGAAGAGGCAAAGGGACGGCCCAUCAAAGACUUCAUUCCCGAACUCUUGAGGUUUCAGGACAAUUGCGCCAGUGAAGGCGUGGAGAUACCGUUCCUCUUUCACUGUGGCGAGACACUGGACAUGGGGACCGAUACCGACGGGAACCUUAUCGAUGCACUCUUGUUGAAAUCGAAGAGAAUCGGGCACGGGUUUGCGUUGGCCAAGCAUCCUUACGUGAUGCAGCAUAUGAAGGAGCGUGGCGUCUGCCUUGAACUCUGUCCCAUCUCCAACGAGAUCCUGGGACUUACAUCACGAGUCAGUGGGCAUGCCAUGUACCAGCUUCUUGCCAACAACGUUCACUGCACAGUAAGCUCGGAUAAUGGAACGCUCUUCAGAUCCUCUUUAUCUCAUGACUUUUACCAGGUCAUGGUUGGCAAAGCCGACAUGGGACUGUUUGGAUGGAAACAACUCGUGCUAUGGAGUCUUGAACAUUCUUGUCUUUCAGACUCUGAGCGAUCUGCAUUAGUUCAUGACUGGGAGCAGAAAUGGCAGGAGUUUGUCGAUUGGGUAAACAAGACAUACGGGACUGAAAGAAGCCUUAUUUGA